UUAAUAUACCAUAUAUUUAUGUGUGACUAGGCGCACUUGUUACACAUGUAUACAUACAUCUAUGCAUAUAUAUAAUAGGAUUCUGUCUAACCUUAAUUGAUUGAUUCUUCAUUCUCAAUCCAAAACAUUCAAGAGAGGGAAAUGAUGGAUAACAACGUUGGAGGAAGUUCCUUUAGUAAUGAUGAAAACGGAGGCAUAAUAAAGGAACAAGAUAGGUUGUUACCAAUAGCAAAUGUUGGGAGGAUAAUGAAGCAGAUAUUACCACAGAAUGCAAAAAUCUCAAAGGAAUCAAAGGAAACAAUGCAAGAGUGUGUGUCAGAGUUUAUAAGCUUUGUGACAAGUGAAGCAUCAGAGAAAUGCAGGAAGGAAAGGAGAAAGACAGUGAAUGGUGAUGAUAUCUGUUGGGCUUUGGGUACACUUGGUUUUGAUGAUUAUGCUGAACCAAUGAGAAGGUAUUUGCAUAGAUAUAGAGAAUUAGAGCAUGCUUUAGUUGAUUUGCUGAACUUGAGAUCCCUUGACUUUGUAUAUUUAGAAUUGAAAGUGUUGAACUUGUUCACAUCAGAGUAUAUUCAUCAUCCUGACCUCUUCUUCUACCGAAGUUCACAACAAGACUUGCGAUUACAGCAUUACGCUGCAGACUUUCAGAGCCGGCCCAAGGGCCAAGCCACCCAAGCAAGGUACUGGGGUUCGAACCCCGAUCAUGGCAUCCGGCCUAACAAUUUCGGCAUUUUGCCAGUUGAGCUAGGACUUCUGGAUACCCAAGCAAGGGCUUUAAGCCUCAAAAUUUUGAGUUGA